AUGAGCGAUGAUGAGUUCUUUGAGGCCGUGCCGCCUGGUUUUCAGUUUAGCCCUAGAGACGACGAGCUUAUCCACUUCUUGUCUUUGAAGAUCAACAACGAGAGUAUGCCUCGAAACAAGAUUCGUGAAGUCGAAUUUUACAAAUUCGAUCCCGAUGUUCUUGCAGACAUGUACAAACCGAGCGGGAAGAAGUACUGGUACUUUUUCACCAAAAGGCAAAAGAAAUACAAAAGUGGGUCAAGGCCGAGUAGGGUCGCCGGUAACGGAUAUUGGAGGGCCUCCUGUGCCGACAAGCCCAUCAUACACAAAGACAAGGAAAUCGGGGUCAAAAAGUCGCUCGUUUAUUACAGGCGAAAACCCGAAAAACAUACCAAGUCGGGUUGGAUAAUGAACGAAUUCCGAAUCGAAGACGAGCUGGACAAUUGGGUCAUCUGCAAGAUGUCCAAGACUGGCAAAACGGAAGAAGGGCCCAACGGAAAAGCAAUUAUCGAUGAGAGUAGAGAAGAAGAUUCCCAGUACUCCGAGCCCAGCCCAAUAUCAGGCCUACAAAUCCAAGCUACACAACAUUUUCCAAGCCCAAUCGAUGCAUAUCAGCCCAUACACAAUGUGCCUUCGUUUGAUCAUCAAGCUGGACUUUUUCCGGGCUUUCAGCCCUGUUUGACGAGCUCUGAUUUUAGAGACGACUUUUUUGAUUCCAUGAGGUUAUUUGGUCCUCAAAUGUACUACGGUGAGCAACCGAGUUACAUUAGUGCUGCGGGUCCCUCAACCUUUGUUGCUCCUCCUCCUCCUUCGGUUGAUCAUUGUUCAACGAGUAACUGUGGGCCGGCAUCGGGCCUUGACGACAUAGACGAGCUGAUCCGUGAGACGUUGGGCCCGGACUGCGACUUCAUGGGUGAUGAUAUAGGUGGUGAUGAUGGUCAAUGGGCCUCUACAUUUGAUGAGAUCUUCAAAGGUUGUAUUUGA